CUAAGCAUUUAGAUUCAAGAAACGACAGAUAGACCAUUUAGAUCUGUAAACAAAAUGCAUGGUCACUUUCGUAACGUUUUUCAAAACUCGAUCAAAGUCAUAUAGAUCCGACAUAUAUGAGUCUCGUUGUUUUCUUUAGCAGCUGAAAAUUGUUUAAAAUAUUGAUAUAAAUUCACUAAUCAAAAUGGAUCCGGGUGGAUUCUGGUGGAUUCUAUGGAUUCUGGUGGAUUCUGGUGGAUUCUAUGGAUCCUGGUGGAAUCUACGGCUCCUGGUGGAUUCUAGAAUCCACCAGGAGCCACCAGGAGCCGCUUUUUCCCCCUUGAUAGGUACACUUCUGUAGGGAUAUUUCAUAGAAAUACUAAUAACGAAUGGCAAAGUGAUAGAGAAAAAAGAAGGAAAAAAAACGGUCUUGAUCCAGUAAAUACAUUUAGUUUUUAUGCAUUUAGCUUCUUUUUCUACUUAAACUUUAUAAUACCCUAAUAACUUGCCUUAUAGAUUCUCUUGGUUAUUUUUAAUGAUAUGAUUGAGGCAUUAACAAACAAAGAUCUUCUUCGACGAUGCCUUCCAGGCGUUACACAGAAUUCAAAUGAAUGCCUCAAUUCUAUAAUAUGGUCAAUAUUGUCUAAGACAAAAAAUCAUGGAUACCGAUCUAUACGUGGCGCAGCCGCGUUGGCAUGUAUUUAUUUCAAUCAAGGUCGCUCUGGUUUACUUGAAUUUUUCAAGGAUAUUGAUAUAGAUGUGAAUGAUGAACUGAUAAAUACUAUUUUAGGUAAAGAUCAAGAACGUCUUCGAAAAUCAAUUGUCGCUACACAAAAACAAAAUGACAUACGUGAAAGAAAAAAAACAGACUCGUUUCGAAUCAACUGCAGCAGAAGCGGACAUGAGUGA